AUUAAUACUAUUAGGUAGCUGGAAAUUGUUCAAAUAUGAGUCUUGAUGUGUUAUUGGAAGCCGCUGAUGUUCUUGAAAAACAGAAAGUUGCAUCAAUUUUGACGUCUAUGCACGAGUAUGACAAGAACUUCAAUAAUAAUAAGAGCAACCAUGAGGGAUCAGAUGAUGACACCUAUUCACUUCAGAGAGAGGGUGUCCACCACACCCACUACCGUGACCGGUCGGUUGAAGGUGAGAGUGCUGGACCGAGUAAUCCUCCUAUCUCCGAGGAAGCUAUUAACAGAUCGUCCAGUCCAAUAAACAAUAAUCAGCGACGUAGACCGCAACCCAAAAUGACCAUGACGGGAAAUUACCACCUUCUGAAAAGGUCCAGAUUAUCUGAUUCAAAUGAAACAUCCAACAUGAACAAUAAUCCAGACGCGUCUGAGGACAAGUUUAAUAAGUCGACACCUUCAAGCAAAGAGUUGUACACAUUUGAAGUCGAAAAUGAACAUCCUCGAGGCUCUAGGGGAUCCAGCUCCCAGUCAGGAGGAGAGACUUGGCACACACGCUCCAUUCACAACCAGAUGGAGAAGAACCGCCGCGCACAGCUCCGUGUUUACAUGAACAACCUCCGAGACGUGAUACCCUCGGGUCCCAACAGACGCAAGCUGACCACGCUUACUUUGCUGCAGAACGCACGCGCAUACAUUGAGUCGCUGAAGGAACACGAGGAUGAGUAUGAACAUGACAAACAGAAGUUGUGGAGACGACACUUGAGACUGCGAGACUUCCUCUGCCAGCUUAACGGUUCAACAGUUCUAACAGUACCUGGUAUUCCUAUCACACCUGGGAUUCGCAAGUUCGCAGUAGACACGCCCCAAGCAAUGGACACCAGCACCAGCCCGCCCUCCGACCAGUUAUACUUAGAGGACGAGUACGCGUCACGUGAGGCUCGAGAGAACAACACGCGUAGUACCCGGAGUGGGGGGGACAGAGCGGACACUGUUUCUGAGAUGUCUGAUGAGAGUGAUUCUAUCGGCACCUUCAGUAACAGUGACGGAGGUGAAACAGUCGUCAGCCCGGACAAGGAGUUGUGACAGAAGAGACAUUUUAAUACCCCUCCUUUUCCCUUCCACCCAGAAAACAGUUCCUCUCCAAAUUACAAAAGUAGUUGCUGACUAGUAGUGACUUUGAACCAAGUCUGCAAAAAUUGUUUUACCAAAAUUUAGGACAAAAGCAUGAAACAUUUUGUUAGUUAACAUCUAAUUGUACAGUGUAACGUCUAACGUUAGAUCAGAUUAUCGUAAAGAAAGAAAUCUAGCAAAAAAAUAAGUCCCAAACGCGAUACUCAAUAUUGUUCUAGUAGUACAUAUGAUAUAAAUCUGGUCUGGUGUUCGACGUUUCACUGUAAAAUCUUUUGGUCGAACCUGAAAACAACAUUCCGGACCCCUAACAUUGAAUCCUCUUUUGCUUUAGAUCUUAAAGUUCAUACUCGAUUCUAUUAUAGUAAAAGUUAGACUGCAGCCGGCUGCAUGCCCUUAAUGCCAUUUGUUACUGCUCUUGAAAUUGUAACGUUUUAUAACCACUAUGUGGGUAAGUUUCUCAGUAGAAUAAACUAGGUUUCUAUUUGCUGUUUUUUUAUUCUACCAGGUUACAUUAUGAUACGGUUCGCAAUUUGUCUUUUUCUGAUUACCACAGGUCUAGGUCUUUUAUGCCAAUAUCUAUCUCCGAUUCGAAUAAGUUAAUUCUACUAACAUCUAUGUAGUAUGGUUAUUUUGCGUUCGAAUACAGUGUAAUCUUAACGAUGUUUUUGGAAAUAUGACGGAGUGUUGCUUUUUAUCAAUACAAACAAAUUUGUGUGAAUCUAGUUCUGUUUACAUUUUCCACUCAAUUCUCCCUUUCAGUUUUGACUGGAAAUUGAGUAUUGACAUUUCGGUUCUAUGGUAUUCAAAUAUUUUGUCUUUUGAAGGAACCUAAUAUUCUUUAUCCUGGAUUUAUACCCUUUCCCUAUUUGAUUCAAAUUUUGUAUUUCACCUUAUCGAUUAGAAUUUGGGCUGAUUUUGAUUUUGAUGUUUUUUGUUUUUUUUUGAUGAAUUAGGAAAUGGCAAUAAGUUUUUUUUUUUCUGUGCAAAUUUUGCAUAUGAUAUUGCACGAUAUGAAGAAGUGGCCGGAGGGCGUUUCGUGAUACGCAUAUUUUUCCGAUAACUCAACGUCUCAGUUCGGAAAAUCACUUUAUUCUGUUUUUAAAUGAGAAGAAAGAGUGAUGAUAAGAUUAAGUCCUUCUGUCGACGUCGGGAAGAGCUGGAAAUGUAAAAUUUACCACCGAUUACAUCUUUUCUUAAGCUGUGACAUUUUCCAGUCAACCAAGAUACUGUAUGUACAUAUUUAUUCUGCAAGUAUGCUGUUUAUUUAUUGUACAUAUAAGAAUUUGAAGAAUUUCGUGUUCAUGAA